UGUCGUCCGGAGUCCAAUCCCCUCCUCCUUCUCUCUCUCACACAACAGACAGUAAAAAAACCUCUAAAUUCUGCAGCUCAUCUCAGAAGCCUCUGAUUCACUAUAAUAUGAUGAUGGCUCCAAUAUAGACUUAUCACCUGUUUUGAAUACCUGGGUUUUCUUCCAAAUUCUGUAAUUUUCCUCUUAUUUCCCCAUCUGGGCUCUGUUGAUUUCCUUAUUUUCAUUGGAGAAAGAAAGAAAGGAAAUUAAAGAGAACAUUUCAACAAAAAAUGGGGAAAAAUCAAGCUUACAAAGCUAUGCAAAGAGCAAGGCUGGGUGCCAACUCUGCUGCUCCUGAAGAGAUCAAUGACGGCAUGGUGGAUGGUUCUUUUCAUUCACCAGAGUGGCAUGCUGCUCGUUUGGCAAGUCUCAAUAAAUCUCAUACUGUUACGUGGGAAGAGUUCAAAAGGAAGCAAAAGGAAGAAGAAAUGAAAAAGGGGGAGUUAGAAGCAGACAAGGAUAGAAUGAUGAGGGAGUACAGGGCUCAACUAGAUGCUGAAAGGGCUCUCAAACUUUCUCAAGGGAAAAACCACUCAAGCAGGAAAUCUGGUCGCAGAAAAGAAAAGAAAGAUAAGGAUUCAAAGAAGCGCAGCAGCAAGAAGAGAAAGCAUUCGAGGAGAUAUUCAGAUUCUAGUUCUUCAAGUUCGCCCUCAGAGUCUUCAAGUAGUGAUGAUGAAUCAAGAGGAUCAAAGUCGAGGUCUAAGAGAAGGAAGAAAGAAAAAAAGCAUCGAUCAAGAUCCAAGCAAUCCAGCAGUGAUAGUGGAGAAGCUGACGGGCCUUUGCCACUUUCUAGAUUCUUUGGGAAAAGCUGAUUUUAUUGUACUUGUACCAUUAAUCUUCUCUUAGAUUAGCGGUUGAGUGGAUUCUUCCGAAGUCAACAGAAUCUAGGUUGCAACUUUUUAUUACUGUAUGUAUCCAUAACCUUCUGUCUCAUUAUUACAGAUCAAUGCCUUCCUGAGCUAGAGGUUAUGUAGUGAAUGUGGGAACAACUUCUAUAUUUCUUGGAUUACUGUCUACUAAAAUUUGAAACUUCUUACAUUGUGAUCUUAUAGAAUCUGAUAGAACUUUUUGGAGUGGAGGAGGUUAACUAUUCUCCUUUUCCAAACUUAAAG